UCAAAAACUGACGCAACAUCCGGAUGUUUAAUGGUGGUGUACAGGGCUGCAGCUGUUCACGGUGUUGGGAAGGUUGUUUUGUGGCAAUUUGUCUGUAAGCUGUUCAAUCUUGAAGCAUGUAGCAUGCCCUGUGAAGCGAAGCCUCGGUUCGUGGUUCUGUACGGGUCUCAGAAGGGCCAAGCCCAGUCCAUAGCAGAGGGGAUAGCUGAGGAGGCCGAGGAUCAUGGACUGAUCGCUGAACUCAGCUGCUUGAACCAGAAUGAGAAGUACAAUUUGGAGAAGGAGAAUGCCCCAGUGGUCUUUAUUGUGUCUACUACUGGAGAUGGGGAACCGCCAGACAAUGCCCUCCAAUUUGUAAAGCGCAUCAAGAAGAAGACCCUCUCCACUGACCACUAUAAACACCUUUGCUAUGCACUUUUAGCUUUAGGAGACACAAAUUAUGCAAAUUUCUGCAACUGUGGGAAGACAAUUGAACGUCGUUUACAGGAACUUGGAGCCAAACAAUUCUAUGCAACGGGAUAUGCGGAUGAUGGUGUAGGGCUGGAAGUGGUUAUAGACCCCUGGCUUGAAGGAUUGUGGAAAGCCAUCAAAGGAGCCUUAUCAAAAAUGGCCUCUGAUACGACUGCUCCCGUGAGAGGGGAUGCAGGGGAUUCACCAAAGGGAACUACUGACUCAUACAUACAAGAUGUCCAACUUAACCUCCUAAGCCUUAGUGACCGACAGAACUGCGAGUCAGUCAAAGCAUCUGUAGACACGGACUCUAAAGAUGCAUCUGCUGCUUCUGCUACACAGACUGCUGUUUGUGAUCUCAAGCCAGCUUCUCCAGCAAAGAACCCCGGUUUGGUGUCCAGGUCUCAUGGCACUACCAGUGUUUCUACAUCAGCACCAGAGACACAGACUGGGGAUGCUGGAGUUCCCCAUGUUCCACUGGCAGCCUCACUGACAUGCUCCCUACCCCCGCUGUCAGAGUCUUCUCUUAAUGUUCCUUCUCUGCCUCCUCCUUACCUCGAUGUCUCUCUUCAGGAUGUGAACUCUAUGGAACAGAUUGUUGGACGGUUAAACGAAGAAACUGUCCAUGAGGUCCUCAUAUCCAGGGCAGUUCAACUGACCAGAGGUGAUUCAGUCAAGACAGCCCUCUUCUUAGAGAUGGACGUUUCUGCUUACCCGACGAUGGCUUAUCAGCCGGGGGAUGCGUUCGAUGUGUUCUGCCCAAACAGAAUCACAGAGGUUGAGGACUUGCUCCACAGAUUGGGCCUUCAGGACCAGAGGAACCACCUCGUCCACGUUUCUCUAAAAAAGGACACUAAGAAAAAAGGUGCCCAGGUACCGUCCUACAUCCCCCAGAACAUUUCUUUGCUGUACCUGCUCACAUGGUGUCUAGAGAUUAGAAGUGUUCCUAAGAAGGCGUUUCUACGAGCGCUGGUGGAGCAUACUGGGGACAGUGUGCAGAGGAGGAGACUGCAGGAGCUCUGCAGUAAACAAGGCACCGCAGAUUAUAACCUGUUUGUGAGAGACCUGAGCCUCAGCCUUUUGGAGCUUCUCGCAGCCUUCCCAUCCUGCUCGCCUCCUCUCAGCCUCCUCAUAGAACAUUUGCCGAAACUGCAGCCCAGGCCUUAUUCAGCAGCCAGCUCCUGUCUUAAGCACCCAGGAAAGCUGCAUUUUGUCUUCAACGUGGUAGAGUUCCCAGCAUGCUCUGGGCGGCCUGUGGGGAGACGAGGUUUGUGUACCGGUUGGCUGUUUGACCUCAUCAAUCCUGGCCUGGUUUACCCUGGGAAGGCCGAAUGCUCUGGCAGCCAGACUCUGCCUAAGAUCCAUGUGAGUUUGAGAUCCAACUGCUCCUUCCGGCCUCCCUGUGAUCCGUCAGUGCCCUUCGUAAUGGUUGGACCGGGCACAGGAGUUGCCCCAUUCAUUGGUUUCCUCCAACAGAGAGAAAAGCAAAGGCAGGAGAACCCCGAGGCCGUGUUUGGCGAGACCUGGUUAUUCUUUGGUUGUCGCCACAGAGACGGAGACUACCUGUUCAGAGAGGAGCUGGAGGGCUUUGUGUCCAGCGGCGUCCUGAACCACCUCAAGGUGUGUUUCUCCAGAGAUGACCCCGAGCAAGAGCAGGAGGAGAAGGAGGUCACCACCUCAGUAGCUCGACCCAGAUAUGUCCAGCACAACCUGCUGCUUAACAGCAGAUGCAUCUCUGAAAUCCUGCUCAAACAAAACGGUUACGUCUACGUCUGUGGGGAUGCUAAGAACAUGGCUAAAGACGUGAAUGACGCCCUGAUGGAGAUUAUCAAAACAGAGCUUCAGGUGGAUCAACUGGAGGCCAUGAAGAGACUGGCAGGGCUGAGAGAGGAGAAACGCUAUUUACAGGACAUCUGGGGCUGACAGUGGAUGACCAGUUAUGAGGGCAUUUUGGAACAUCCGCUGAGCUUUUUUACAAGUUCCAAAAAAAAAAAAAAAAAAGUAGAAGAAGAAAUCAUCAUGCUCAGCUGUAACUUCUAGAAUCAUAAAAUUGUGAA